AGCCGAAGAUGUCGGCUCGGUCAUGUGAUCAGCUGUAUCCAAUCACAGCUGAUCACAUGGGACAUCUGCACUGAUCAUCAGGGCACUGAUGAUCAGUGUGCCCUGAUGAUCAGUAUAGCUCCAGCAGUGCCACCUGUCAGUGUCCAUCAGUGCCUUGUGUCAGUGCUCAUCAGUGCCUCGUGCCAGUGCCCAUCAGUGCCACAUCAAUGCCACAUAUCAGUGCCUACCAGUGCACAUCAAUGCCACAUAUCAGUGCCCAUCUGAGCUGCCUUUCUGUGUCACCAAUCAGUGCCACCUAUCAAUGCCAAUCAGUGCCGCCUAUCAGUGCCAGUCAGUG